AGAGCGGAGACGGCGGCAGCUGCGUCGGGGAGACAGAAACACCCCUCACACACACACAUACACACAACAUCCAGAGGAGGAGGAGGCAGGAGGAGGAAGAGGGGGGCAGAAAUGGACCGCAGCUUGCGUGGGAGUGUCCGACACCGGCGAUUAGAACAAAGACAGGAAUGAUCCUCUCGGUUGUUUUAAUGAUAGGAAGGUUAAUGUAGGUGGAAGGAGCCUCCUCACCCCCUCCGCUCUCCCCCCAUCAGCCAUGCCGCUCAUGUUCCGCUCGCUGCUCUUCGGCUUCGUAACGCUGCUGGUUGUUCUUCUCAUCAUAGGUGAUGUGGCAGAAGUAGAGAAAGAAGCCGCAAAUAUCGAACACUCAAAGAAGAUGAACUCACACCGGCUCAAACCACACAGAAAGGCUGAGGUCCAGCUGGAUCCGACUGCUGUGACAGGAAUGAUCAAACACGUGGCUCCUCAUCGUCCGUGCUGCAGCAACAGCUCCAAACACUCCUCAAACCGCUGGACUUUCAAUAAGACUCUCUCCAGCUUCAUCAGGAAGAAUAUUCUCAGAUUCCUCGACCCUGAGAGAGACAUCUCGAUCCUGAAGGGCAUGCUGAAGCCCGGAGACAUCAUCCACUACCUUUUUGAUCGCCACAGCACCACAAACAUUUCAGAAAAUCUCUAUCGUCUGUUGCCAACUGCGUCCCCAAUGAAAAACCAGCAUCACAGGAAGUGUGCCAUCGUGGGUAACUCUGGGAUCCUGCUGAACAGCAGCUGUGGACCAGAGAUCGACUCGCACGACUUUGUUAUCAGAUGUAACCUGGCUCCAGUGGAGGAGUACUCUCAGGAUGUGGGCUGGAGGACCAACCUGGUUACCAUGAACCCCUCCGUGGUGCAGCGAGCAUUCCAGGACCUGGUCACUGAGGAGUGGAAGGAGCGCUUCCUGCAGCGCCUCCGAAACCUGAGCGGCAGCGUGCUGUGGAUCCCGGCCUUCAUGGCUAAGAGAGGGGAGGACCGCGUGGAGUGGGUCCUUCGUCUAAUUCUGCUGCACACGGUGGAUGUACGCAUGGCCUUCCCAUCGCUACGCCUUCUCCACGCCGUCAGAGGGUACUGGCUGACUAAUAACGUCCACAUCAAGCGUCCUACCACCGGUCUUCUCAUGUACACGAUGGCCACUCGCUUCUGUGAGGAGAUCCACCUUUAUGGCUUCUGGCCGUUUCCCCUGGACCCAAAAGGCAAAACGGUGAAAUACCACUACUACGACACAUUAAAGUAUGAAUACACCUCCAGCUCCAGCCCUCACACCAUGCCGCUGGAGUUCAGGACCUUAAGCUCAUUGCACAGACAGGGGGCGCUGCGGCUCCACACUGGGACCUGCGACCUGGAGCAGAAAGAUCUCCAGAACUGAAAAUUGAACCUAUCAUCUCACCUGAAUUUGUAUUCUUUUAAAGAAAAACAUGAAGAAGUACUUGAACAAAACUCGUUCUAUUACAGGCCACUGUUUUGACUCAUCACGCUAGUUUAUCUUACCUCUUAAUGAGGUUUCUAUAGCAACCAUGAAUCCUCUAGGAUGAAACCAGGAGGCGACAGAUGGUUUUAAAUCCUGAGGCUUAUGUUUAGAGAACACACCUUUUUGUGUGACAAAAAUAACCAAAUGAAAGAUGUAAUUUGAUAUAUUGCAGCAAGCAAGCGAGCAGACAAAUUUAGUACCAUUUUUGGUUAUUUUUUAAAACACAGAAAAGGUUUAUCUUUACCUUGCUUACAUCAAAGGCAUAACAGAAAAAAUAAGAGCAACGAUGAAAAAACACAACAUAAACACACCAACACAACCAUACACAACAGUUAGAAACAGACUAGUACACACAGAAGACAAGAUACCAGCUGGAAUUGAAUGUGGAGUCGUUUAUGAAAUCCCAUGCAAACUCUGCAAUAAAACAUACAUAGGAGAAAACGGGCGCCAACCCAACACACGAACAAUAGAACAUAGAAAGGAGUGCGAGAAAGACACAUGUCAAAGACACACAAGAGCAGCAAAAGAAAAAGCAGAAAGUACAAUAAACAGAUCGGCCGUAAUAGAUCAUUGCACAAGAGAAAACCAUGUAAUGGACUGGGACGACACAAGGAUCAUAAACACAGAACAACAGAAAUACAAAAGAUGGAUAAAGGAAGCUAUCGAGAUAAGGAGACAUGGAUGUGGGACCAUGAACAGAGAUGAUGGAGUUUACUUGUUGGAUCGUGCAUGGGACUGCAUCAUCGGAGAGGGGAGAGCGGGCAGCAGAGGGCGACAACGUCCUCUGCUGCCCGCAAAUAAACGGAGUAGGAAUUGACGCCACCAUCAGCGUCAGCUCUGGGGAAGUUUGCAGCUGCAAACAAAACUGUCAGCAAGCAAGGUAAAGAGAAACCUUUCUGUGUUUUAAAAAAGAACCAAAAAUGGAAUUAGAAAUCAGACACAGCAAGAACGUACCAAAGAUGUUUUAGUAUGUUUUGCUGAAAAAAAGAAUGUCUUUCUUGCAUUUUGUGAAUUCAAACUAUUCUGUUAAAAAUUUGGAUUUAAAUCACCAGUAAAACAAAAUUUUUAAAUUAUAGAAUAAUAUUAGAGAUCUGCAAUUUUUAAUUAAAGGUUGUAAUGUACACGAAGGUUCUUGUGAGUCUCUUAUGAGCCACAAGAUGGAAGCACUGAAUAAUCAGGGAAGAUUUAUGUACAAAGAAAAAAAAACUUUUCUUAAAGCAAUGAAUUAUGUUGCACGAAAACCUCCUAAAAGAGCUGAUGUUUCACUCUCUAACAGUUCCCCUAAUUUAAAAAGAAAAAUGCCUUUUUGUAUUUUCUUAUAAAGAAGGCGUUAACCCACGACUGGCUUGGAUUGUGUGAAACUCCUGUGAGGAGAACAAAGCAGCUGCUCACAUGUGAAUGUUUACUUAGCCAACAGUUGAGUCACUCUGCAGAGUUUAUUCUAGGAGCACCUAGUUUCUGCAGAGGUCACGCUGUUGCUGUACGACGUGGUAAAAGUGAGCCUUUAAAUGAAUGUGCUGGUGCUUUUCUGAAUGAUGAGCUCUCCGUUUUUGUGUUAAACACUGAGAGGCUGAAGAGUUACAAACUUGUUUCGCCUGUGUUAGCAUAAAGCAGGGGUAUUCAAUUCUGGUCCUUGAAGGCUGAUAUCCAGCACGACUCUGUGGUUUCUCUGCUCCAGCGCACUUGAUUUGGUGGUUGAAUCACCUGUACAGCAGCUCAUCAGGCUCUGCAGAAGCAUGUUGAUCACCUACUGAUUGAAAUCAAGCAUGUUGAAACAGAGUUAAAACUAAAAGGUACCGGAUACCGGCCCACCAGUACCGGAAUUAAAUACUCCUGGCAAAAAAAGGUGAUUUAAAGCAGGGGUCACCAACUCUGGUCCUCAAGGGCUACCAUCCUGCAUAUGUUAGCUGUUUCUUUGCUCCUACACACCUGAUUUAACUGAAUGAGUAAUUAACAGGCCUGUGCAAAGUUGAACGUGGUAAGUAGAGGAUUAAAUUAUUCCAUUCAGGUGUGAAAGAGCAGGAAACACAGAAAACUAGCAGGGCGGUAGCCCUCGAGGUCUGGAGUUGGGGACACUUGAUGUAUAGUGACUUUGGAUUGGUAUUAAAACACUGUAGCAGGUUGGUUUUGUAGAUGUAACGAUGCCUAUAAUAAAAAACGGCAAUAUUUAAGAGGAUUUUUCCACUUUUUUAAGGUUUAUAACUAAUUCCUAAUAGAUUAGGAGCCGUCUGUGUUUCAGUGCAGCUUAAAAAUGCACACAAACAGCAAAUUCCACAUUGUAGGGCUGCAGUUUUGUCUUAAUAUUCAUUUGGAUGCCUGCGUCAGACUUUUGAAGCAAAAAUAUUUUAACACUUGGAAGAUAUUUUUGUACUUCCCAGUUGCCACCCUUGUGGAAAUAAACAUUUCUAGGAAUUUUCAUUUUUUUAGCCAAUUUUUUUUUCUUUUGGAACCAAAAGAAAUUCCCUCAUUAACAAGAAUUCCCAGAAACAUUGGAAGCAUCUGAACUAAACCAGUUGCCUCUCAUGCAUUUGCGGCCAUGUGAUCCGUCCAAAAGAGUGUUGCUUUGACGGGAUGCGACUGUUUGCUUGCAUGUCGGCCUCAUUACGCCGCCGAUUAAGUUAAGAAUAGACAUGAAAGUUUAAAUGUCAGCAGUCUGGAGCAAUGAAGGGUUUGUUUGUGCAAGCUUGUCUGAAUUUGGUAGAAAAUAGCAACUCUCUGUGACCGAUGCUAUUAAGUUAAUUAACUCAGAAUGUGAAGUUUGUUGCAGCUUCUGAAGCUUUCUGACAUUUAGUUCCUUCUGCGAGGCUGCAGAUUGUAUAGUUUAGUACUUCUCAUCUAAUUUAUGUUCAAAUCUGUCAAAUGUUCUGACAAUAUUUAGCCUUUGCAUGUUUAUCCUGACUUAAAGGACUUGAGCAUAUUUAAAUCUGUAUCUCAUAGACACUUGAACUGUUCAUUUAUGACAAUGUGAAUGUACUUUUCUGUGACAAAACCCCGUGUAAAAGAUCAAAACGCAGACAUGUUCCACACCGCUCCCUUUAAAGACUCAACACUUCAAAGGAAGUUAUUUUAUUUUGCUUUAAAGACAUGGAACACACAUCUGGGUCAAAGUUGUUUUCCAGAAAAACAUGUAACUUCUUUUUUUUUUUUUUGUCUUCACAGCUACGACUGGUUUAUUUUACAGGGGAAACGUUUUGACUCGGAGCUAAUAAAAGUCUACAAUUAGCAACUUUA